GCAAUUUCUGUCUUUUAAUUGGUAUUGAUCAUUUGUACCACAUUUGCAACUGUUUUCUAUUUGCUCCACUUUACUUUCAUACUGAAUUUGGAAUUUGUAAUUUUGUAUUCUUUGUCUUAAAGAGAACCUCUUCAGAUUCCUCAAAACCUGGAGCCAUCCCUGCCCAGCAUGUAUUAAGUAACAAUAGAAAUGCUGUAUGCCAGUCCUGGUGGGGCAGAAGAGAUGCAGGAAUUCGAGAAUGCCCCUGUACAGUACAUGAAUGCAGCAGGUCUUUGCCUGGUGUGUCCAAAUGUCUCAGACACAGACAAACACUUCAGUCAAUGAAAGCAUUCCCACAGUCCAAUUCUGACAGCAAGGGGCGGGACUCCUUCCUGCCUUUCCAUUGGGCCCAGAGUGGGCGUGGCUUAUGUGUACUCUUGUUUAUUACCCGGUAGCCUUAGCACUGCGCUUUGUUGCCAUGACGACCGUGGCUGGGUUGCUGCAGAGUCUGCUGGAAACUCUCGCUGCAGGUUGAGGACCGGUACCUGUUUGCAGUGGCUUAGUUCCCCAGGAAUAAAUUAGAACAGCACCACAAGAGCCAUGGGUAGCAAGAAGAAAGAAAUUGCCCUGCAGGUCAACAUCAGCACCAAGGAACUUUGGGAGGAAAUGCUCAGUUCCAAAGGACUCACUGUUGUCGACGUCUACCAAGGCUGGUGUGGCCCCUGCAAGCCCGUGGUGAGCCUCUUCCAGAAGAUGAGGAUCGAGGCCGGCCUGGACCUUCUGCAUUUUGCAUUAGCGGAGGCAGAUUGUCUUGAUGUCCUCGAAAAAUACCGAGGGAGGUGUGAGCCCACCUUUCUGUUUUAUGCAGUAAGUACACCUUCGGUCUGGAACUACCUCAUGGCUGCACAUGAGUCAGCUGGACGCCUCUCGCUGGCAUUAAUCCUCACCCGGAGUCACCCAGAGGCCUCACUGAUCCAGGGAGGAGAGCUGGUGGCGGUGGUGAGAGGAGCGAACGCCCCACUGCUACAGAAAACCAUUCGAGACCAGUUGGAGGCUGAGAAGAGGGUGCUGGCUGAAGGCGGGGAACGGAGAGUGAUUAAGGAUGAGGCUCUUUCUGAUGAAAACGACUGCUUUUCCCACGGGAAGGAUGAUGGUGACAAUGAGGACGUGGUGUCCUCAGAAAAGGCCUGCACCUUGGCAAUCAUUAAACCAGAUGCCGUGGUCCACGGGAAAACAGAUGAGAUUAUCAUGAAGAUCCAGGAAGCUGGGUUUGACCUUUUAGCAAACGAAGAGAGAACCAUGACAGAAGCAGAAAUGCGACUCUUCUACCAACACAGAGCUGGAGAGGAGGCAUUUGAGAAGCUGGUACACCACAUGUGCAGUGGACCAAGCCACCUCCUGAUCCUCACCAGGACUGAGGGCGCUGAGGAUGUGGUCACUGCCUGGCAAAACCUCAUGGGGCCCUGUGACCCUGAUGUGGCAAGAAGGGAGCAGCCUGACAGCCAGAGGGUCCGGUGGUGUGGUCGCAGAGCCACCUGCAACACUUGCCCAGGAAAUACAGAUUCCAGAGCCCCACCUAGGCCUGCCAAUUCAGAGACUCUGGUCUCCGCGCUCAGUAUGGCACAGCAAUGCCCUUUAACGCCCUCCACGGAAGCCGGGAUUCGGAAGACGCCCGCCGGGAACUGGCACUGCUCUUCCCCAGUUUUAAGUUUUCAGACGAGGUUCCAAAAUCCCCUCUGGGGCGAGAGGCUUAGGAGUGGAGGCCCCUGUGAGGCGCUGUGCUUCCCCGAGGACGUGGACGAGGUGGCUGUGCUACUCUGCGGGAACCCGUGACCCGGGUGAGGCCACAAGAGGAAGUGUCAGCGCCCCCAUAUCUGCUGCACAGAAGGAAACCUCCAGAAUUGAAACUUCCUCUUUUGAGCACCAACGCUCUUUUGGUUUAGUUCUCUCUCAUGAAUAAACAUAGCAGUGUCCACUUUCCUGCCUAUUUUUUAAAAAAGUACCAAUAUGGAGGAGGUACUACUUUUUAAAAUUUUUUUUAUUUUUUGGCCAUCUCUGGGAUUUUAGAAAAUAAAUGGACAUCAGGUAUUGAACUCUGCUGUGAUACAGUGUCAUCUCAGGGGAUGAUACUGAGUUACAGAGGGCAGUGUUUCCCCAGUAGUAAAUCUACUUUCUGCGAGAAACAAUUUUACAGCUGAACUUGGUAACAAUGAAUUUGAAAACAGUGCGACAAGAUUGGAUAUGACACAUUUUGGGGUUGAUAUUAAUCAGUUUUAAAUCUUCAUACUGCCCGCUCCAACCAUGUAGGCACAAUUUCAGAGAAGCAGCAGUGGGUGAUGGCUUAAAGCGAGAUCCUAAUUCUCUGCUCAGGAAUUGAACCUGGGCAGCCCGGAUGAAAACCAGGAAUCCUAGCCACUAGACCAGCUAGAGGUUAGAAGUAGAACUGCCCUAAUUCUGGCCCCUGUUGAAAGCAAGAAUGUUUCAAGGAGGCAAAGACUGUAAUAACAGGUAUAAAGUUUAUUGCUAGAGACACAGUACAACAUAUGGGAGAGCAAAGAAAUAAGAGUAUUAGUCUAUUUAGCUGAGGCAGAAGUAAAGCAGUAAUACACCCAAAUGAGAAGUGACAGUGGGGGUGUCCCCUUGAAUAAGGAGCACGACAGAGAGGUGAUUUAAAUUACUUACAUUGGACAGUUGUCAGGGUCUUUGUCUUCCUUUGGCCAAUUAACUUAUCAUUGACACCUGACCAGAUCUAGGGCCCUCCCCUGAUCUGCGUGUGCAUCUUUCGGCCAAGCUGGAUUCCAAAGCAGAGCAUGGUGGGCAGGUUAUCCGGACUUAUUAUGGCCUGGCAUCCUCUCCCUUUUUGACCCAGAGGGGCUCUCUGUGCAUCUGUAGUUGCGAUCUCCCUGAUCCUGAAGAUGGGGAGUACGUGACCUCUUUGUUCUGCCCAAGCAGGGUUCAGCCCCUCUUCUGAUCCUAUCAUCACCAUUGCUUAACAAGUGCACAGAAGACAAAUACCAGUUAUUUGCCUUGUGCCUGCUGUUAUUUCUAUCUUAUAGUAUAGAUAGGUGGCUGGUUGUAAAUGUCUAUCCUAGCGUCCACCUAUCACCUGCCUCAGGAAGUCGAAAUAUGAGGCUAGUUGCAGUUGUCUGUCCUGGAGCCCAUUUAUCUCCUGCCUCAGACAGUCAGCCCUGGAAUGUGCCAGAUUCGUCAUCUGUGGUUUUCCACGAAUCAGGGCAUGUUCAGACAGCAUUGGGAACUAGGGUUCAUCCAAUCUUCUUGGUUUCUGAUUUUGGCUAAAGCCUAAUUUUAAAAUUUGGGAGCUCCUAGAGGUGGCUCCAGCUUCCACUGAAUUGUCUGGUUUAGCAGUCCCUCCAUGGGACACUAAGGUUGCCAGCAAAGAGUAACUACUAUUACUCCUGUCAGUAGUAACAUGGCAGCUACUGCCUCCUGCCUGUUAGCUCUUUGGUUUAUUUGUAUAUUCACUGAGCCCAGAAUCACCCUCUCCUCUCUGAGGAAAAGGCUGUGUUUAACCGCACGAGGCAAAUACCCGAGAGUUCCUUCUCAUCUGCUGGUUUCUUCCAGAGGGCUUUGAGCUUAUGACUUGAAGACGCUCUUUAAAUGGGCAGUUAGCUCCCAGAAGACUGUUCUUUACAGCGUUACUCUUUCCACCAGCCUGCAGCAUGAGGCCAUCCGUGCUGGCACUGGGGACAGCAGGGCGAGUCAAGCUGCAGAGGGUGGGGACCAAGGCCUGUGGCACUGGGUGGGUGGCUACAUUUCCCAUGACUUCAUGUCGCCUCUGGAUGCCUGCUCCUUGGGCUCAGCAGCAUCCAUCCAGGCCCCUGUGAGAAACAAUGUAGACUCACUGGAAGCCUCCCUGCCAGAAUCUGUCAGGAAUGUUGACUCCACUGUCCCAGAUCCCCAGAUACCCUACCCAUCAUGGGUUGGGCUCCUCUCCUUGUGAGUGGCCUCAAGAGGGGCACUCAGUUAGUCUGUGCCCAUCUCAGAGCUGGCAUGAGAGGCCUCUGCCUGGUCUUCCACAGCACAGGUGUGGUGUGGCUCUGAAUGGGCUGCUUGGGGUACACAUAGUCCACAGCUACCUCAUCUCCCCAGAAGCUGGGAAGACAGGCGUUCAUCACCGGGGAGACGAGAGGUGAGGAUGGAGUGACCAAGGCUGCUGAAAGCAAGGGAACGAGACAAGUGUGUGUGUGUGUGUGUGGGUGUGUGUGUGUGUGGGUGCUGGUGUCUGUGAUGAUCUUCCAGCCUUUCAGAAAUGGCUGGGAGUGGCAGAGCUGAGACAGGGAGAGCAGGAGGGACACUGGUGAUAGGGCUAGGGUGGGAGGCCUGGUGACACACCCCUUCCUUCUACUACAUGGUAGGGCACUUCUUUUCUCAAGAGUCCAGAAUGUUCCCGGCAGAAGGAAUAGGGGUGGGACAUAGGGGAAGAGAAGAUGCCUGAGAGUGGCUGAAAUGUCUACCCACCAUUUAAGGAUGGAACUCCCUGGCAGAGAUCCUGGGCCUGCAGGACGGGUGCUAUUUUAGGGGUUAAGGCUUCUCAGUUUCUGGGUGUGAGCACGUGUCAGGGUGGAGGGCAGGCUCAGCCCCGUGAAGUCAGGGAGGGGCUCCUUCCUAAGGACUGGCCCUGGCCCUCCACUCAGAGAGAGGGUGUCUGGCAGAGCCAAGACCAGGAGCCAGGACUUCAAGGGUAGAGAGAGGAAGGUGACUUGGUGGGCCACAACGUGGCCUUGGGGUGGGAUGGGGGUUCCCCCAGCCUUCUCUGAAGCCAGGUCAUGGACCAGUCCUUCCCUCACGCUGGGAAUGGACACAGCCUCCCUACCCAGUAACCAGGGAAGGUCAGUGCCAAGGGGCAGGACUGGGGCAGCAUCAGCCCCUAUCGUAGGUGGCAAGGUAUUGGACCUCUGUCAGGUCUCCAUCAGAAUCUGGGGUUGGUCCCCCUUUCCCAGGCCUUACUUCCAAGUUCCCCUGUGGCAGGAGAAUCCCUCCCCUGCCAGCCACCUCACCAUCCUCCCCCCAUGCUCAAGGGCAAGUAUUCUUGGCCUUCUCUCUGUGAGGUCAAGAGACAGGCAGCCCCCCGCCCCCCUGUAUAUCAGAGAUGAGAAAGAGGGUGACCCACACUGAGUAUGCAUAGGACAUCUGUGCUCUGUGCUGGUCAUGGGCCAAGCUCUGGACCUGAGUCCAGCGGAUGGUGAAGCAGCAGCUUGCAUGAGGACAGGAGAGGACACAACGUUGGGGAGGGGGUAAGUCCUGAUGGCUGGGAGUGGCCACCUGUAAAGACCAGGAAGCGGGAACCCCAGACCGCUGCAGAGGACUCUGGGAGCUGGUCCCUGUAAUGAAAUGCAGUCGCUUCCCAGCCUCUCAUUCACCAAGAACCACAGGUUCCAAAAGUCAGGGCACAAUGUCUUCUAAUGUUUUCUAACGUUCUAGAUAUUUGGAAAAGAGACUCCUUUUUAGAAGUUGCCAUCAUUUUUUCUUGGCUUUUAUUAGCAUGUGUUAAAAUCAUAUUAUUCAAACACUACCGGAAGAACAUGUAUUGUUCUACAUAAAGUGCUUAAGGAAAAAAAAAUGCAACUUAUUAAAUCGGACAUUCUUUUCUAGUUCAGAAAUUUGGGGUUACAAUCAGGGCACAAAAGGAGAAACAGAAUGCAGUAUUAGAGAGAGCGAGAAGCUUAGUUGAGAGCUUGGGUGGAGACACGAGACCGUGUCCACUCCUCUCCUCUCCUUGCUGACUGAACACUGCACCUGCCUAAAGCAGCAAACAGCUUUGUUUUAAUAAAUACAUUUUUCCUUCAUUCAAAUCAGAGAAGUCAAUUAUAGUAAAGCACUUUUCCUUUGACCAUCUGUUUAUAGCCACAGGCAAGAUUUAUCCACAGUUUUAAGCGUUAAAGUGUUAUUUCAUUGGGCUUUCAGCUUUCUAAUGCUAUCUAAGUUCAAGAUUGUCUCAGCAAUUCAUUAUUGGUUUAUUUAUAUUUACCUGGUACUUUAAAAUACCAAUUCUAUAGUGUUUUGUGUUACAAAUGCCAACCAAGGAUAUUUUCUCAGUACUAGAGAUGUCAAUGUGUGAGCCUGAAUAAGGCUUUUCUCCCAGUACACUCUAUUUUCUUUAAACUGGCUUCUGCAUAUUAGCAUUCUGAUGGCUGCACAAAACCCAAGUCCCUGUUGUGACAGAUUUUUAAAUCAAUAACAUUCUGGAAAAAUGACAACUUGGAAAUCUCUGUUUGAAUCUUGGGUGGUCAUGUUGAGAACAGAAAAAAAUUGCAUUAAAUACAUUUUUAAAACAUUCAUUUGCAAUCAAACAUAUUUAAAUCUUCCAAGGAAGGAGUAGGUUGGUUGACGGGGUGGCUGCACCUCGAACAGCCCCGUCAGGAGUGGCUGGCGGGCUUGGGAGCCUCUUGGGGGCAAAAUUCUGGGCCACAGACCUUGCUUUCUGGCUGCAAUGCCUUUGAACUUCUUAGAGCAAAGGGAAAAGGAAGGCCGGUUGUACCUCCAAACAGUCAAGACCAACCUCAUUGAGUUCACCUUGAGGCUGACCCAGAAGUUGGAGCAGGUGCCAAGCUAAGGACUGCUGAAGGGCUAAGCGGUACUGGCUGGAAAAGGUGGUCAUCUUCAGUCGCCCUGGGAAGACCCCAUUCCCUUCUCUCAAACUUCAAUGCUUUGGGCUUCAUGCAGGAAAAGAUCUUAGCCGUAUCGCUUACUAAAAUUUCCAUCUCAUUUUACAAAAUGAGACACUGAAUAGCGGUCCUGAGUGACAAGUAUACAGAAUUUGCUGAGUAUCGCCAAGAGAAAAAAGCUUUCUAAACUAUUCCGUUCUUUGCUUCUUCCUAUAGAUGUGUCCGUAGAACAUUCUUUAGUUUCACAGUGAUAUAUGCUGUUUCAGGAAGCACAAGGUGAUCAGACUUUGUUUCCAGGAAGUGAUGACCUACUUUAGUUGGAGCAGAAGGUUCCAUGACUGAUUCUAAAUCCUGCCGUGUAUUGGUACACCAGUGACAGGAUUUAGGGCGGUUAGGAGGCUCUUGGUGCCCAGUUCCUGCCAAGUGUAGCCCAUCACAGUCAUGGCUGGGCUUUCACUAUCAGUAGUUAUAUUUCCCUUUGAUGUUUCAAAAAAAAACCUAUGGUGUAUCUGUCGCCUCUCUCCACUCCACCCUGUCCUUCUGACUUGGAAGCCUGAGAGCUUAUUGAAUUAGGCUGAAAAGAGGCUCGGUACCUGCUGAUAUUGACGGCAGUAAGAUGCUAGCUUACUAUUUUGCACAGCACCAUAUUUCGUGCCUGUUAUUCAGGCCAACUAUAGCCAACCUUUUCUUUUUUUGUUUUUUCAGUUUUUUUUUCUUUUUUUAGUCUUUUGUUUUUUAUAAAGAAAAUCUAUGUAAGUUGAGGUUCAGAAAUGCAUAUAUUUUUUACUUACAAAUAUUCAUCUGACCAAAAUUCAACAUAACCUUUAUGGAACACUUAACAAUUGUUUUGUUUUUAAAAUAACAUUUCAUUCAAACUGUAUAUAAUUCAGUAAAGUUUUUUUAUACAGCAAGCAAUGCUUAAACCCUGGAAAA